UACAGGACACAGGAGGCCCUCAGGAAGGAUGGCCCAGAAGAUAGCGCUGCUCCUAGGCGGACCUGUUUCCUCUUGUGGGCGGAGUCUCGGUGCUCGUGACACCCGGGCCUGAGUUCCCCCGCAAGCGUCGGAAAGUUAGAGCCACUAGGGGCUGGUGACCCAGUGCCCCGCAGUCCGGACACAGGUUUCUUGAUCCCAGCUUCAUGGCGGCAAUAAGGCCGCUGCUGCUGGCGGCGCUGAUGUGGGUCCCGGCCAGGACCCUGACCUGCUACGGGGACACGGGGCAGCCUGUAGACUGGUUCGUGGUCUACAAGUUGCCCGCCAAGAGCGGGUCCCAGGAUGCGUCGCAGAGCGGGCUGCGGUACAAAUACAUGGACCCGGGCUCAGGAGGCUGGCGCAACGGUGCCAGGCUCAUCAACAGCUCGGAGGGGGCCGUGGGACGCAGCCUGAAGCCACUGUACCAAAAAAACACCAGCCAGCUCGCUUUCCUGCUCUACAAUGACCAACCACCUAAACCCAAUAGGACUCAGGACACUUCCAGCCGUGGACACACGAAGGGUGUCCUGCUUCUGGACCACGAUGGGGGCUUCUGGCUUGUCCACAGUGUGCCACGCUUCCCUCCACCCACCUCCUCUGUUGCAUACCACUGGCCUGACAGUGCCUGUACCAAUGGGCAGACCCUGCUGUGUGUGUCUUUCCCCCUCACCCAGUUCCUGCAGAUUGGCAAGCAGCUGACCUACACCUUCCCUCUGGUCUAUGACUAUAAGCUGGACGGGAUCUUUGCCCAGAAAUUCCCUGACCUGGAGGAUGUGAUCAAGGGCCACCACAUUCGCCACCAACCCUGGAAUAGCAGUGUAACACUCACAUCACAGGCAGGGGCUAUUUUCCAGAGCUUUGCCAAAUCUGGAAACUUUGGAGAUGACCUGUACUCUGGCUGGUUGGCAGCAGCCCUUGGCAGCAAUCUACAGGUCCAGUUUUGGCCAAACUCUCCAGGCAUCCUGCCUUCUAACUGCUCAGGGACCUGGAAAGUUCUGGAUGUGACCCAGAUAGCCUUCCCUGAGCCAGCUGGGCCAACCUUCAAGGCCACAGAGGACCAUUCUAAAUGGUGCGUGGCCCCAGAAAGACCUUGGGCUUGUGUAGGUGACAUGAAUCGGAACCAAAGAGAGGAGCACCGGGGUGGGGGCACAUUGUGUGCCCAGCUGCCAGCUCUCUGGAAGGCCUUCAAGCCCCUGGUGAAGGCCUGGAAGCCUUGUAGGCAGGAAAGCUGGAUUAAGAAGCCCAGCAGAGAACAGGCUAAAAGCUAAGCGCUAAGGCUCAAGAAUCCAUUUGGACUUGACUUCGAAUCUCCUGUUCAGCCCUCUAAUUGUAUGACUUUAAUUGUGUGCCUCAA